GGUUUAGCUUAAGCAGACAUGUUUCAAAAAAAAAAAAAAAAACAAAAAAAAAAAGCUUAAGCAGACAAAAGUCAAAAUUUCCGGUUAAGCUAAACCGACCCAGGUAGAUGAUAAAUUGAACAGACAAAACAAAAUUCGUAGGGUUUUAGAAAGACCUGUCUCUUCUCCGUCGUCUUCCCUCUGCAACUCAGAGCCAAUUACGGCGGCAAAGAAAUGCCUCGAGUCAUCACCAACGAGACCUACGGUUGCCCUCCGAUCCGAGCUUUGACCUUUGACUCUCUCGGCUUAAUCAAAGUGACUGAAGCUCGAGGCAAAGAGAGAGGAACUCCAACUGUAGUCAACACAUGGGGCGAGAUGAACGCUUCCAGAAGCGUUCUCGCCUCUUCCAUGGAUGAUAGGCCAAGUAACCCGCUUUUGGCUGUGGCUAGAAAAGAUGGCAACGUUGAGGUUCUUAAUCCUUGUAAUGGUGAUCUUCACUUUGCAUACCCUUUAUUUGGUGAUGAUGGUUGUUCACCUGAGGAUGAAGAAGUCUCUGGCUUGCACUUAUUCAGAAAACAAAAAGAUGAUCAGGCAGAAAGAUCUUGCACAUUGCUUACAUGCACUAAGAAGGGAGAUGUGAGCCUCAGAACAGUUCAGUUUCCCGAUGCAAGUGGUGAUUCUACAGAUGACGCUGCUCCCAAGACUUGGAAAGCAUGUGGUUCUGGUGAAGUGUUGUUUGGUAAAGUGGAUGGGAGCGAGAACUUCGGCUUGUUUGGAGGGAAACGUGUUGAAGUCAAUAUAUGGGAUCUUGAACAAUGUACUAAGAUCUGGAGCGCCAAAUCACCUCCUAAAGACAAUCUUGGGAUCUUCACGCCAACCUGGUUCACUUGUGCUGCGUUCUUGAGCAACGAAGAUCAUCGUAAAUUUGCCACGGGAACCAAGUCUCACCAGGUUCGUCUUUAUGAUGUUUCUGCUCAACGCAGACCCGUCCUGUCCUUUGAUUUCCAUGAGACCGCUAUUACAGCCAUCACUGAAGAUCCAGAUGGUCAUACUAUCUAUGUUGGGAAUGCUUCUGCUGAUCUCGCUGCCUUUGAUAUUCGAACAGGAAAGCUGUUGGGAAACUUUUUAGGGAAGUGUUCUGGAAGCAUAAGAUCUGUUGUUAGACAUCCACAUCAUCCAGUGAUAGCUUCUUGUGGGCUGGACAGAUAUUUACGGGUCUAUGACGUGAAGACACGCCAGCUCAUCUCUGCGGUUUUCUUGAAGCAGCAUCUUACAGGUCUUGUAUUCGACUCAGGGUUUAGUGGAGAAGAGAUAGCUGUAGCAAACACAGUUGUCGAGGCUGAAACAGAGGAGAAGAUGACGAUCUUGGAAGAUGAUGAGGAAGAGGGUGAAGAUAAAACAGAGGAGGCUCCUGUGAAGAAAAAGAAGUCAAAGAAAGAGAAACGCAGUAGAGAUAAAGUCUCAGAGAAGGGUGAAGAGAUAGACGAGGUGAGAAGCAAGAAGACGCGAGAUCACAAGAAGAAAACGAAGAAAGUAAAGCCCACUCAAGAAGACUAGUGUUAAGUUUUUUUUCACAUUGUUGUUGUACUUUGCUCUUCUAAUCUGAGCUACAGUUUUGAACAAGACUUAAAAGAAAAACAGUGUUUUGGCUCUUUAAA